AAGCUAGGAGUGGGAGCAACUCGGUUCCGACCCAACGCACCAUGAAGUAGCGGUUGGGGACGGGGGGACAGAGUCGAUCAUCCGGUAUGUGAGGCAAGGCGAUACCGAAGUGAACGUGUAGUAAAGCUUUGGUCAAAGCAAUCGUAAAGUCUUGCGUGACGUGUGCCGACAAGGGACCUCCUUUGGUCUUUUGCGAUGCUUGGACACUGUGGUAGGCACGGCCAAAGGCCGGAAAUUGCCGUGAAAGCUCUUCGAAGUUUGGAGUGAUCAGUGCCUCGAACGAGACGGUAUUCACCGGGGAAUCUCGCUUACGUUUUGACAUGGUGCAAAAGGUGUUUACCGGUAGAGAAAGAACGAUCCAGAGAAAACCAUCCAAACGAGAAUAAUGUGGAGGUGCCCACCAUUUGACAACGAAGAUUACGAUGAAAACAUGGGUUGUCUGUCCGUCGUCGUAGACGUUCCCAGUGAUGUAACUGGAAAGGAGUAGCAGGAUCGACACGAGGUAUGACACGAAGGCAUAUUUUUGGGCAGACGAACGCACCAAGUCGUGUGGGCUGGUGAAUGAAAACAGUAACAGUGAAUCCGCUGUCCACAACGCUCCAUUGUUGUGUUUGCGUUCGAAAGGUUGCUCCAAAAUAAACUACGACGUUUGGUAUGUAUUGUCUCACGUCAGCUAAAACAAUUUCUCUCAAUGGACGAUCGUCUGUACAGUCAAGAUUGGCGUGACGAACAGGUCCCGCCAAUGCGUCGUCGUCGACGACGUACCGUCGUUCGAACAAAAUGUGUCGUUGGAAGAUUUCUAUUUCUUCCGGGUUCUUUGGCAGUCAUUUUUCGGUCAUCCCUGUAGUAGCAGCGGGAGCCAAAAUGCACACUGUGAGCGUAACGGCCCUUCCCGUACCAUAUACACAAAAAAUUGCGCUCCCGGCCGUUGCGUCGCAUCUCCACGCUCUCACUCUUGUACGCACGCCUGUUUUCCUGUCCAGGUGAUUAUCGUCCUUGACCGAGUGUUUCGGUCCACCAAGCCACUCCUCCCUUGUGUAGAUCGUGAGAUAUUUUCCCUAGUCAUCCAGGAAUAUCUUGUUUUGGAUCCGAUAAUGAGCGAUUCCAAGCCUGCCGCCGCCCCUACGAACAAAGCUCCCGCCCCUGCGGCGAAACGACCCACAAGCUCUACUUCCUUGGCACCGUUGGCAAAAUAUAAACUUGUUUUUCUAGGAGAUCAGUCGGUCGGAAAGACAUCGAUCAUUACGCGCUUUAUGUACGACAAUUUCGAUCGCCACUACCAAGCAACCAUUGGGAUCGACUUUCUCAGUAAGACCAUGUACUUGGAGGACCGAACGGUCCGGCUCCAGCUUUGGGACACCGCAGGGCAAGAAAGAUUCCGUUCCCUUAUUCCUUCCUAUAUUCGCGAUUCUAGUGUAGCGGUGGUGGUGUACGAUGUAUCCAACCGCUCGAGCUUCCUCAACACGGCAAAGUGGGUGGAAGACGUCCGCGCCGAACGAGGGAAUGACGUUGUCAUUUGCUUGGUAGGGAACAAGACCGAUCUCGGUAACGACAAAAGACAAGUCUCGACAGAGGAAGGAGAAGAGCGCGCGACGAAGGAUGGACUCUUGUUUAUGGAGUGUUCCGCCAAGGCCGGUUACAACGUUAAAUCGCUGUUCCGUAAGUUAGCGACGGCCUUGCCCGGCACGGCAGAUGCAGCCAACGGCAACGGUGCCAACGCGAACGCUAAUUCGGCAAAUUUGGUGGACAUUAAAUUGUCGGCUGCACCGGCGAACAUCGAUGAAGCCAAGUCGUGUGGAUGCUAGAGACAGCAAAGCCGACCUCUGUCUCUAUCCACGUUCACUGCCAACGUAAGCGAAACGAUAUGCUUCCGGUAUUCGUUGUCGAUCCCUCUUUGUAGUAGCCCCAAGCAGAUUUGUAUCGACUGUAGACCUCUUUUUUUAAGUU